GAAACGUCUGAUUUUAUUUCCGCCUUGUUAGCAUGUUAGCAUAGAUCUGCUCCCUGGAAACUAGUUGACUUCUGUGGAUUUACUCCAGCUGGACGUCCUUUUCCAUGAAGGAGUUUCUUCGGGGGAGAAAGGACACAACUCUCGCUGUUUUGGGGUCUUAAAGUGGUGUCAGGUCUGGUCCAGGGUUGUUGAGCGGUUAAUGCACAGAGUAAAGAGGCUGAAAAUUGAAGACAAAACAGAAGACAGGCAGAAAAGCGUCAGCAACACACUGGCAGGUAUGAUGGGAGUGGAUGAGCUGACAGACAGCACAGAAGUGGUUGAGAUGGAAGACGUGAACCCCACACAGUUCCACGUGGAGAAGCAUUCAUGGGACGGCCUGCGAAAGAUCAUCCACAACAGCCGCAAGAACACAGGCGUGGUCAUCAACAAGGCGCCGCAUGACUUCCAGUUCAUCCAGAAGGACGAAGCCAGUCCGCAUUCCCACCGUAUCUACUACCUCGGAAUGCCUUACACCAGCAGGGAAAACGCUUUACUCUACUCAGACAUUCCCAAGAAGGUCCGUAAAGAUGCUCUGUUGAUUUUGUCAUGGAAACCGCUGCUGGAUCACUUUCAGGCCAGCCCUCACCACGGAGGCAUCUCGCGGGAGGAGGAGCUGCUGCGAGAGAGGAAACGUCUGGGGGUGUCUGGCAUCACCUCCUAUGAUUAUCACCGACCCAGCGGCCUCUUCCUGUUCCAGGCCAACAGCAGUCUGUACUACUGCCGCGAUGACGCCAACAAAGGCUUACUUACGUCUCCUGUGGAGCCUGUUGAGAUUAAAAGCCAGUGUUCAGGCACACGUAUGGACCCCAAGAUCUGCCCUGGGGACCCCAACUUCAUCAGCUUCAUCAACAACAAUGACAUCUGGGUGACCAGCGUAGAGACGGGUGAAGAGAGGAGGCUCACCUUCUGUCAUAAAGGUAUUGAUAACCCAAAAGACGACCCCAAAUCUGCGGGUGUGGCCACUUUUGUCACACAGGAAGAGUUUGACCGCUUUACUGGAAACUGGUGGUCUCCUGCUGCUCGGGAAGAAUCAGAUGGGGGUAAGACUCUGCAGAUUCUGUACGAGGAGGUAGACGAGUCUGAAGUUGAGAUCAUUCAUGUUCCAUCUCCAGCCUUGGAGGAGCGCAAGACCGACAUCUACAGAUACCCACGCGCAGGCAGCAAGAAUCCUGAUAUUACUCUCAAAAUAGCAGAAAUCAGAACAGACAAUCUCGGAAAGAUUGUCAGCACACAGGAGAAGGAGUUGCCUGUUCCCUUCACCAGUUUGUUCCCCGAUACCGAAUAUAUCACCAGAGCUGGAUGGACAAAAGACGGGAAAUACGCGUGGGCGGUCAUGAUGGACCGGCGGCAGCAGCGCCUCCACUUGGUCCUGCUUCCUCCAGCGCUGUUCAUCCCUGCAAAUCAGGAUGAGGCCAGCAGACAGGAGAGUCUGGAGGCCCUUGGAGAUACGAUCCAGCCUUUCAUCAUCUACCAAGAGACCAGCGACAUCUGGAUCAAUGUCCAUGACAUCUUUCAUCCAUUUAUCCAAACCAGUGAUGAUGAGAUCUCCUUUAUCACAGUCAAUGAAUCCAAAACAGGAUUCUGCCACCUGUAUAAGAUCACCUCAGUGUUGCAGCGGGGCACCUACCACUGGGCCAAAGGAUACACGCACUCUGAAGAUGAUUUCAGGUGUCCACUCAAAGAGGAAGUGACCAUAACUAGCGGGGAGUGGGAGGUGCUGGCCAAUCACGGAGCAAAGCGUUCGUCCAGUCCUCAGAUUUGGGUGGACGAGGCAGCCAAGCUGGUUUACUUCCAGGGAACCAAAGACUCUCCUCUGGAACAUCACCUCUAUGUCGUCAGCUACGACUCGCCGGGAGAAAUCGUUCGACUUACCAAACCAGGUUUCUCCCACAGCUGCUCAGUGAGCCAGACAUUUGAUAUGUUCAUCAGCCAUUAUAGCAGCUUGAAAACGUCCCCCUGCGUGCACAUCUACAAGCUGAACGGCUCAGACAGAGAGCCGCUGCACAAAGAGCCGCAGUUCUGUGCCAGCAUGAUGGAGUCAUCUGGUUUCCCAUACGACCACAUGCCUCCAGAGAUCUUCAGCUUCACAGGGAAGUCAGGGUUUGAGUUGUAUGGUAUGUUUUACAAACCCCACAACCUGAUCCCGGGCAAAAAGCAUCCCACUGUCAUGUUCGUGUACGGCGGCCCGCAGGUCCAGUUAGUGAAUAACUCUUAUAAAGGACUGAAGUACCUGCGGCUCAGCACGCUGGCGUCUCUGGGCUACGCUGUGCUGGUCAUCGAUGGGCGGGGCUCCUGUCAGCGAGGGUUGAAGUUUGAAGGAGCUGUGAAGGACAGAAUGGGUCAGGUGGAGAUUGAAGACCAGGUGGAGGGUUUGCACUACGUCGCUGACAAGUACAAGUUUGUGGACCUGAGUCGAGUUGCCAUCCACGGCUGGUCGUACGGAGGCUUCCUCUCCCUGAUGGGCCUCAUCCACAAACCCGACAUCUUCAAGGUUUCAAUAGCAGGAGCUCCUGUGACAUUGUGGAUGGCGUAUGACACUGGCUACACAGAGCGAUAUUUGGAUACGCCCGAUAAAAACAAGAAAGGAUACGAGGCGUGUUCUGUCGCCCUGCAUGCCGACAAACUCCCAAAUGAGCCCAACAGGUUGCUGAUCCUUCACGGGUUUCUAGACGAGAACGUGCACUUCUUCCACACUAACUUCUUGGUGUCUCAGCUCAUCCGCGCAGGGAAGCCAUACAACCUGCAGGUUUAUCCCAAUGAACGACACAGCAUCCGCUGUCCAGAGUCUGGAGAACAUUAUGAGAUUACGCUGUUGCACUUCCUCCAGCAGAACCUCUGAUAAGCUACACACUGAGCCUAUCCUCAUCUUCAUGCCCCUCUUUUCUUUUCCUGUAUUAAGUUGAACAAGCAUCACUUUGCUUUCAAUCAUUUUAUGAUCUGUUGAAUUCAAGCUUCAUCACACUUUAAGUGCUGAUUGUCAGUCUGAAAGGGGCUGAAACAUCGAUCAAUCAUUACAGCAUUGAUUUAGAGUAAAAUGGUAUUUAAGAGACCAUCACUGAUUGAAGUGUUGAAGUCUACACUGUGUUUUACAGUGGAGGGAAUUCUGCUGGAUGUUUUAAGCUCAGAUGGCGCUGUUCAGCCAGAGCAAACAUGGCUGAAGCUGUCUGAGGCUGCUUUGAUGGAAAAUGGGGGGGAAAAAGAAAAGACGUGACAAUUAUGACAUUGUUGCUUAAGUUGCUGCUUCUUGCAUCAGUAAAAAAAAAAAAAAAAACAUGUCCCCAAAGCAAAAAAAAGUGCUCAAGUGGACCAGCUGUGCCCAGGAGAUUCUUCUUUUUUUGUGCCAUUUCUGUUAAUUGUCGAACUCUCACUUUGUCUUUCUGGGACCCGACUGAUGUUAUCGUGUUUCUGUCUUUGUGUAAAAAACACUGGAGUGAAAAUAUGAAGCUCUAUAAAGACAAACAAGCAAGCCUUUUUAACCUCUUCUUCGUAUACUGUUGUCGUGCAAUCAUGAAAGAUUUUUAAUGUGCCACAUUUUAGUUCAUAAUGAAAAAAAAAUCCACAAAUGUGUGUUAACACAUUUCUAUGGAUUCUGAUAGAUUCAUAAAAAGAGGAAAUAUGUAGCAAACCUGUCCGGUUUCCCUCACUUGCUUGCUUAAGUUUUGUGUGACGCUUCUUUUUCUGCUGCUGACUACUUUUUACACAUAUUGCAUAUUUGCCUUGAUGCCAACAAACAUACCUUUGAAAUGAUGUAUAAAAACAGCUGUUGGCAGUCUGAGGUGCCUUGCAAGAGUUUAAGAGCUCAUGAAACUGAAAUCAGGGAAUCUGUGUGAGGACCUUGGAUGAUAAAAUGCCUUGUUUCCUGUGUGUCUGAUAAGCUUUUUGUCACGUGUGUGGUUUAAUGUAUCUCAGAUGUGGAAGAAAUAAACAGAAGUGAACAAUCUUUUUUUAAA